UAAUGUUCAGAUGUGUUGUAAAUACCAUAAUGUUUACCCUGUUAUACAUCUUAGUACUUUAGUAUGCAAACAUUUGUUACAUACCGCCAAACAAUAUAGUGUUUAUUAGACUUAUCAAUUAGCAUGUUGUCCAUUGGUUUAUAGAUCACCGUUUUGAAGGCUGAAUUGUGGAAUGUGGGGUUAUUGCCAUCUCGGCUUUUGGAAGCCAGAAGUAACAGUAUGAGGCUGAGAAAAAUAGAUACCAAAAUUGUCAUGUUCAGCUACUUGGAAUAACUGACUUUAAGUUUCAUGGAUUGGACAUUUAGACAUUGGCAGAAAUGGUAAUAAUCUACAAGAGAAAACUCAUAGGGCCCCAACGAAAGGGAUUUUUUUCUACUAUUAAAAAAUACUUAAGGAUCUUGGUACCUAAUGUAUUCAAACCAAACUUGCUGCAUUUGGGACUUUUAAUGCCUUUAUUGUAAAGACAGGACAGUACAUAGAGCCAGGAGUCAUGGACAGAGAGAGGAAGGAGCAGCAGGUCGGAUUAGAACCCGGAACCCGCCCACUUUGACGACUGCAGCCUCUGUCCAUGGGAUGGUGGACUAACCACUAAGCCACCGGUACCCUGAAGUAUUCAUGUUGUAGGUGAUUUUUAUUGUGUCACAAUGCUUCAGGGUUCGACAAGAAAAGACAAAUUGUGCAGAAGAUGCCGAUGUGUCAUUUUUUUCCAGAACGAUACAUUUUCCAUUGAUAAGGGUUGGUAGUAACCAUGACACACAAAUACACAUUUUCUGGUAGCAUUUCAACACAGUCCUUCACACUGCUAAUCAUUGACACAAUUCAAAUGGUCUUAUUAUUGUUGGAAGGAUCUCCACUUCACUCAUUAACUCAAGAGAACAUCCUCUCCAGUUAAGCAAUCCCUGGAGGAGGGAGCGUAAAGCUUUAAAAGAGAUCAAGAAACGAACUGUUACCACAAAACGCAUCGUCAAAACUUCACGGAGCAGCCGUCACAAUCUGAUAUUUCUGUACUUUGAGUGUACUGCUGCUUAGUAUUCUUGGCAGCCCUUUUUUUUUUUUUAGGGAACAUUUGUAUUUAUUGAAGCCAAGAUGUUUGUGGAUGAGCGGAUCCUAACUUUAUUUAAAAGAAAUGCCCAUCACACACUGACCUACUGGAGCGUUUUCUUCAGUUUUGGACUCUGCAUCGCCUUUCUUGGACCUACAAUUUGUGACUUGCAAAGUCAAACAAAGUCAACAAUCGAUCAGAUCACCUGGGUGUUCUUCUCCCAGCAGUUCCUCCUGCUGAUUGGCAGCUCUAUUGGUGGCAUUUUCAAGAGGACGUUGCUCAGUGCUCUAUCUGCCCUAUUUGUCUCUGCCCUCGUCAUCUCUGUAAUAUUUGCCAUCAUCCCGCUCUGCACUAAUGUUCUCCUGCUUGCUGUUGCCAUGGCUGUGUCCGGGUUGGCGAUGGGAAUUAUAGACACCAUUGCUAACAUCCAACUGGUGACCAUCUAUCAGAGGGACUCGGCCGUCUUCUUACAGGCUCUUCAUUUCUUCAUCGGGUUCGGAGCCCUGGUGAGCCCACUUAUUGCAGAUCCUUUCCUCUCAGAGGCCGGAUGCGGGAACAGCACAGGGAAUGGUACUGAGAUCAUGCAUCACGUCAGGCUCAUGCUGAGACACACUCCGGUCCUAGAUCACAACAUAACUCACAGCUACUCAACCCAUGUGGGAGAGGAAGAGUCCAGUGUGCAUUAUGCCUUCUGGAUCAUGGCCAUAAUCAAUUUACCCGUGCCCAUUGCAGUCCUAUUCCUGAUGUAUCGGGAGCAGCUGAUCCCAUUUUGCCGAAGCGGCACUCCUCAACUUUUGGACAAAGAUGAACUAGCAAUGGAGAACCAGCAGGGGGCAGAGGGCACAGAAGUGGAGCAGAGGGAACAUGAAGCUGGAGGUCAUGGUGACAUCUUUAGCUGCUGUCGGAAUGAUAACCUGCGCGGGCUGCCUGUGUCCUUCUUUAUGAUCCAUAUCCUUGGCGGGUUGGUGCUCUUCAUGACCGAUGGUAUUGUGGGUACCUACGCUGGCUUUGUUUACUACUACGGAGUGGCCCCACCUAUGUCGCUGCCCCCUAAGACUGCGGGUUACCUGGCCAGCAUCUUUUGGGCUGCCAUCACUGCUGGACGCCUGUUGUCCAUUCCUCUCUCGUACCGUUUCCAGCCUGUGAGGCUGCUCAUGUUCAACCUGGCGGGUGCGAUUGUCACUGUGUUGAUGCUGCUUAUUUUCUACACCAGCAGCAUCUUUCUAUUUGUUGGCACCUGUUUAUGUGGGCUUUUCCUCAGCAGCAUAUUCCCCUGCAUGCUCGCCUAUACCGAAGACAUCCUGGAUUAUCAGGGAUGUGCAACGUCAGUCCUGGUGACGAGUGCAGGGAUGGGAGAGAUGGUGAUGCAGGUUGUAGUUGGCUCAAUUAUCCACACUGAAGGCAGCUACAGCUUCCUGCUGUGUGGAAUGAUUAUAGCCUGCAUAGGUUUUAUCGUCUUCUUUGGUCUCAUGCUGUUCGCCCGAAUGCACAGGAAUUACCUUACAGGAACAACAAAAAAGUCAGCCAUGGUGGAAGAAGCAGCCCCAGAGCAGGAUGCAUCUGCAAAAACAGAACAGAAAGAGAGCAGCUGAGAGGGACAGCAGCUGUGUUUUGUCCUUUACUGGCUACCGUAUGGGGGAUAUAUAAAACAUCCCAGCAAUUUAUCAUCAAAGACUGCAAAUGUUUCACCAAAGUCUUACAAUACGCAUGAUGCCAUUCUACCUGUAUUGUGCUUGAAAUAACAUGGUAUUUGCAUUGCUGAUAUUGUGCUGCUGUUAGACGUUAUAGUUCUAGUGUUGUUGUUUUUUUUUCUGUUAUGUGGAGAGCAGUCUCUCAAUUAAGGAUUAGUUUUCUAUUUUUUAUUGCAUCAGAAUUUUAAUUGUAUGAAAAUAAAUUAAUAUAACCUGUAGAAAACU